GGGGGAAUUUUCUAUAAUCUUAGUAGAGGCAGUGUCACCGCGGGCCGGGCUAGGACAGGAGCAGCGCUGCGGCCACAUAUGAUCCUCCCUCUCGCUCUCCCUAGCCCGGUGCUCGGUAUUUACUCCGGUGGUGGCCGCGGAUCCUUACUCGGGAUUCAGCCAAGCGGAUACUCGGUGAGUGACGUGGCGGUGCCGGCCGGUUAGUGAGCGCUGUGAGGGAGCGGCCCACGGUGCGGACACCGGACACUCAGCACCCCGGGGGGGGAGAGCUGCGUUAUACAGCGAGAUGGAGACAUGCCCUCUAUGGCGGGAUACUGCGGGCACUGCGGGCAGGGAGACUCCCAUAUACCGAGACAUUAUAUUAUAUAGAUAUAGUGUGAUAUAUUAAUGGAUAUAGUGUGAUAUAUUAAUGGAUAUAGUGUGAUAUAUUAAUGGAUAUAGUGUGAUAUAUUAAUGGAUAUAGUGUGAUAGAUUUAUUUGUUAGUUUCUCCUACAGACACUAACACCGCAUUGAGCUUGGCUGCAGCCCUGGCUGUACAUAUGGCGGGGGGUUAUAUAGCCAGUCUGAUCAUAUAAUAAUAAUAAUAAUAAUAAUAUAAAUACUGUGUAUACCAAGCUGGCCAUAAUCAGUGCUGGGAUAGUAUGUAUCAUCACAUGAUGGAGAGCAGGUUACAUUAAACAUUCUGGUCCUGGAAUUGAAUGGGGGGGCCAGCAAAUAAUGGCCAAUACAGUCUGUGUCCUGAUGGUCCUAUGGCUGUUAAGCAUGUUUGUAGCCACCAAGGUUGCCAGGUCAGCCAUUUUACAUUGGAUAUAGAGGUACCCCACAUACUGUGAAUAAACAAAUGGAAGAGCCAACCCGCAAGAUGUAGAUUAUCUGAACAAGAAAGGAUUGAAUGAGGGUGUGGAUCUGUGAAUAAUUCAUUAUCUACUUCCAGUCAUGCGUAAUAUCUUUGUAUAAUUGUGUGACACUUAUUUCAGUGCUGGAUAGAAUGAUGCAGCAUUGGUUUGGGUUUUAUUAUUUUUUUUAUAUAGCUUCAGCAUAUAUUUGAGUGCUUUAUAAUUUCACAAUGGGGAUAUGUAACAGCAAGUCAUAAAAUAAUGUUCACCAAAGCAAGAGGUGAAGAGUGCCCUGCUCAAAUGAGCUAGAAUAUGAGUUAUCAAACAGGCACUAUAACCACUACAGCACACUGUAAUGUUUACGAUAGCAGGAGUAAGGAGUCAAACAGUUUGCUAUUAAUUAGGGUCUCCUAGGCCUUAUUCUUUUAUGACAAUGAGCAUUUCCAUUCCGCUUAAAAAGUAUAAUUUUUUAUUUUUUUAUUUUCUAAGCUUUGCCUUUUAUUCAUUUUCUGAUUAAAAAUCUGUUUUAGCUAUAGCACAGUAGAACAAAAGCAGUGUUUGACUCUUGUAAUUGUCAGCAUUCAAUAAGUGUUUGAUUACUUAAAGGGUUAGUCCUACCCUUGUGAAGUAAAAAAAAUUAAACUUUUUUUUUACUCUACAUGUACCAGGGUUCCAACUAGCUCCUGCCACAAAUCUGUGUGGGUGGUGGUUCAGACAGAAACGCAGCACAUGCAGACUCCUACCACAUUAAAUCACUGAAGUGGUUGGUCAUGGUGAUUCCAUACCUCAUACUAGAUAAGGGGUAGGCAACCUUUUAGCAGUACUGAGCCAAAAUAGUCCAUUGGAGUGCCAGUCCUUGUACACUGUGUGAGAACAGUUUGUGGUAUUCUAUGUGUUCUGUAUGGCUGUGGGUUGUAUGUCGUAUUGUGUGUGUAUGUGGACUUUCAGUGGUGGUAUAUGUAAAGGGGCUACCUGUCAACCUGUGUGGCUGUUUGUGGUAUGUGUGUUUUAUGUGGGACUGUCUCCCACAUUUUCCCAGACAAAGAUAUUCACAUGCAGGUGCUCAUUCCAGACACAUUCAUGGGAUACACGUGCACUAAUACAUAAAUGCUACACACAAUCACAAUGCUACUCAUACAUGCUGCUUGUACACACAUUAAAGGCAACCUUCGUCACUCCAGAUGUUGUGUUCUACAUUUCCCCAUAUGCUUUGCCGGCAUUAUGGUUAUGGGUGGUGUAAUCCACAACAUCUGGAGUGCUGAAGGUUGCCAUCCCUACACACACACAUUCAAAUAAUGAUAUUUUAGCCACCCUCCUUUUCACUUUUUAGCAGUAGGAGGGGGGCUUCCAUAGCGUCCAGCAGACACUGAGUUGGCCAGUCACACGGCUACUGCUGCUUUCCUACCUGGAUUCUUCUUUAUAGGCACCUAGACCACUUCAUCUUAUCCAACCCCCAUACUAGAUAGUCAGAAUAUGGGCAGGUUUCAGUUUGAAACUUCAACUCUGAAAGGGACUCUUCAGUGCCAGAAAAACAUAUUAGUUUUAAUGGCACUGCAGGGCCCUACAGUGCCCCUCUUCCUCCCACUCCCCAUCCCAAGUUGCUGAAUGUCCCUCGGCCCUGGGUCAGGCUCCGCCUACUCUCCUCCAGUCGGUGGAGUAGACCUAAGGUGCAUGCCCAACAAUGGCCGUGCACGCGCAUUAGACCUCCCCAUAGGAAAGCAUUAUUCAGUGCUUUCCAAUGGGGAUUUUCAGAGAUGCUGGAGGUCCUCACAUAGCGUGAGGACGUCCAGCAUUGCUUAAAACACUUUUCGUGCUCUAAGAACAGAGAAGUCCCUCUAGUGGCUGUCUGAUAGGACUUAACCCUGCAAGGUAAUUAUUGCAGUUUAUGAAAAUGGCAAUAAUUACACUUGCAGGGUUAAGGGUAGUGGGAGUUGGCACCCAGACCACUCCAAUGGGCAGAAGUGGUCUGGGUGCCUGGAGUGUCCCUUUAAUCCACUGCAUUGCAUGUUUUGAAAGUAACUGCAGCACUCAAGUGUUUAAUAAGUACCAGGAAAUCUAUGAUUCUCCCAGCAACCAAUGCCUGACCUCACUGCAGGAUUUCAGAUCUAACCACCUAGGCUGACAUGAAAGAUCAGAUGUAGCCCAACGCCUGCUGCCUAUCAUUGUUGACCAAGGUGUAAUGUUUAAAGCGGUACUUUAAUCCCCACUACCCCCUGAAAAACUAGUAUUUCAUUAAGGUAGAAUCUUUACAAAAUACUCAUAUUGACAGUGUUUUAAUUUCACUGAAAUGCCAACCCAGGCAAGAGAUAUACAGAUACAAAGUAGGGGCUACUUUAUUUCUGUGUAUUUCUUAUGGCUGACACGUCUAGACACUGGGCUAUAUUUCCUACACAUGGACACUUUUAGAUGUAAUUGAUGACUGCAGGGAAUUUUCUAUUUAUCUGUGGAGGAUCCCGUGGUCUCUAUACACCUCAAUGCUGUACUUUUGCGCAUGUGAGCAGUGACAUCGGUUUCUGGCACUGAAGAGGACUGGGAGAAAAUGGCUAAGCCUACGAGGGACAGGUUUAGGUAACUAGCACUCUCCUUCACCUGGCCACCGGGGACACAGCUCCGAUGUCACCAAAUUCUGCAAAGUCCCCAGAUGGUGACAGUGCUGCUUUAAUACAGAUGAAAUCAGAGAUAUGUCUCCAGAAAGAACAUCUUCAAAUGCACUUAUGUAGUGUUAAAUUGGAUUUACAGGCCUGCUAUUCUCAAGGAAGGCUGGCAGCUUUUUACCUGGGUGAAAAUACAGAGUUUUUUUGCACAUAAAACCCUUGGAUUUGUGUGGAUUAUCCUUCUCUGGCAUGCACAGAACAUAUUGGAGUUUGACAGAUGAAAGCUGCUGGAGUUAUGUGGCAUCAUGUACUUCUGCAACCCCUAUCACUAUGACUUCUGCAGCAUAAGGAAGCAUACACAGAAUUUUUAUUUUUUUCCCCUCCCCUAACUACAUUUACAUCUCACACUUUAGCCACAUCUGAGAAAAGUAGUUAGGCCAGUUUAAGGCUGGAGUCCCAUAAGUUUAUGGCCAAUGUUCUGAAAACCAACCAUGAAGGGCAGGGUUCGCAAUAUCAAAAAAAUAAAUAAAUCUUACUCUCUGAAACUGGUCAACAAACAGUCUUUUCUGUCCUUCCUCAGAGAAGAUCUACAUGGUUAUUCACUAAAGUGUGGAUUUCAAAUUUGACACCAAAAAAGUUGGCUAUUGUGGCCUAAAUUUGAAAUUCACAACAAUUUAUACGUUAGUGAGUAAUCCUGUCUAGCUAUCAAAAUUAGCAUUUGACCUGAAAAGAACAGUUUUUUUCCAUCUGGUUAUGUAAUCUGCCAAAUAAACUGUAAGGCUUAAAAACAAACAGGGUACACAGCUGUAUUCUGGGCAUGUAGCUGAACACAGUUUGUGUUUUUUUUUUUUUUGUUUAAACUUAUGAUGUCUAUACUUUUGUGAAGCGAUUUUUGUAGUUAAUGAGAUUUUGUUCUCAAUGGUAGACCCAAGAAAGAAUACAUAAGAAUUGGCAAGUAAAAUGUAUACCGCACAGACUCUAUAAAAUGCAAUAUGUAGUAGAGGAUUGAAAUUGAUCAGAACAUGCAAAUUAAAAAAAAAUAUAUAUAAACUUAAUACAUAUUUCUUUAUAUAAGGAGUAAAGUGCAAACACUGAAUGAUGUUGUUGGCUAACUGGGCAAAAUCAGUGUAAAAUGGUACCCAAGGAGGACUUCCUGACAAAUAGAUACUUGCAUAUGUUGCAUUGGUGUUGUGAAUCAGUUUUGGCUUUGGCUAUUCCUAAACGUAUGACUCUGCAUAUCAAAUGAACACUCUUUGUAAUGUUUGUUCUAUUACUUCUAAACAGUGAUUGCAAUUAUAAAUGUCCAGCCAUAGACAGUUUAAAAAGUGUUUUGUUAGUGAGUAUUUCUUUGUACAAUUAUUGCUUUAGUUAUUUUCCAGUAUUGUGGAAUUGGCAGAUUUUCUUCUCCAUACUUAAUAUAAAUACUUUAUUCUUUAUCAUUUGGCAGGUUGUGCAAAGUAUGAUGUCUGCAGCUCCCACUGGAGAUGAUGUAGGACUGGAGUCCUCUCUGGAAGCAAGCAUCACUAGUACGUGCUCAUUUGGGGCCAGCCGUGCCAGAAUCUUCAAAAUAAUUGUAAUUGGGGAUUCAAAUGUUGGAAAAACAUGUUUGACAUACAGAUUCUGUACCAGCUGCUUCCCAGAUCGGACAGAAGCCACAAUAGGAGUGGACUUCAGAGAGAGAAGCGUGGAGAUUGAUGGAGAAAGGAUCAAGGUAAAUCAGUAAAAGGGUAACUGGUUUGUGAAAAGUAAAUGGUUUUUUCAAAGUUAUCUAAGGGAAAUGAUAGAACUAAAUAAAUGUCUUGUGUAAUUGAUUUAAAUGAACUAUACGGUCACCAUAACAACUUAAUCAAAUGAAGUAAGUUGUUAUGGUGUCCAGAGGUCCCUGGGGCUUUCUUACCUCAAGGGCUUAAACUGUUUCAGGAAGUGUGGGGUGUCACCGGGCAUAUAUAUAUAUAUAUAUAUAUAAUAAAAAUAAAUAUAUAUAUAUAUAUAUAUAUAUAUAUAUAUAUAUAUAUAUAUAUAUAUAUAUAUAUAUAUAUAUAUAUAUAUUUAUUUAUUUUCUCUCUUUUUAAUGGGGAGCAACUGAAUGGCUUAAAGCAAAUCCUAGGUUGCCAUGGCGACUAGGAAUUUUGUGCGGGCACCUGGGUGUUUGUCAGUCCUGGCCACCUUAGGGCCCACGAGGUGGGUGGCUGUUGGCAAUGGAAGAAGCUGUAAUCCUCUUCCUCUGCACCCUGUUGGAUGUCAUGAGCCUGGAUAUGAUGUUACUCCGCUGACCGUAGGUGCUGCAAUGAGAUAGACUACCACUAGAGGUGCUUACUAAGUGACUUCCACUACAGGAGUUAAUAGGCACCAAUGUAAACACUGCUUUUUCUUGAAAAGCCUGCAGGGGAAGGCUAAACACACCAGAAUUACUAGUAGUGGUUCUGGUAACUAUAGUGUCCCUUUUAAAAAUUAAAAAAGAAUUUUUUUUGUAGUUGACAAAACCUUUUCUUUGUUUUGAAACAAAAACCUGCUCCUAGCUUCAAUGCAAAUUUGUCAAGUCCUGGCUUAGUAUCAUCUUACUAUUGUAGUCAGUGGCGCCCCUGACCAACAGCACUACUUGUUUCCUAAAAUGCAUUUGAAGAAGCCAAAUGGGGAAAUGGAGAUCUGAUGCUGCAGAGCAAGCUUUGGGGUUUAUCACCGUUUCAGGUAGAAAAAGCGCCAGGGACCUCUGGGCACCAUAACUUCAUUUCUAUGAAGUUGUUGUGGUGAAUAUACAGUAAAAUAAAAUUCAGGGUAGUAGGCUUGUUUUAGGAUAUUAACAUGCAUCAGUAUCAUCUGAUUCCGGUUUGUCUGUGAUUACAUUUGUGCGUUUUAUAUUUUGCAGAUUCAACUGUGGGACACUGCAGGACAGGAGCGCUUCCGUAAAAGUAUGGUCCAACACUACUACCGUAAUGUGCAUGCUGUUGUCUUUGUGUAUGACAUCACCAACAUGGCUAGUUUUCAGAGCCUCCCAUCCUGGAUAGAAGAAUGCAAACAGCAUUUGCUUUCAAAUGAUGUGCCCCGUAUCUUGGUUGGCAACAAAUGUGACCUUAGGGACUCCAUCCAGGUUCCCACAGACUUGGCUCAGAAAUUUGCUGACUCUCACAGUAUGCCCAUGUUUGAAACCUCAGCAAAAAACACAACGGACCACGUUGAAGCUAUUUUCAUGACACUGGCUCAUAAGCUGAAAAGCCACAAACCACUUAUUUUAAGCCAACCUCCAGAGAAUACAGUGCAGUUGAAUUCUGGUGCAAAGACCACUUUUCCUUGUUGGUGCUAGAUUAUUUUUUUUUCUCACUAUUAACCAAUCUCAUUGACUGUUAGGUAAAGUCUUUAGUAUCAUGAUUCAUUAUGGGAUGUUGAAAAGGAAUAAUAGGAUUCUCCUGCAAUCAGUGAAUUUUUAAUUUCUCUAUUUUUUUCCUCCUUCCUCCCACUCUCUUUUGGACCAUUUCACUGUCCCGGUAUUUGGAGACCAAAUAUGUGUUCUGGGAUCUGUGUGCCCUGCCAUGCACGUUGGAGAACACUGUUUUUUGAGAUCUGCAUGCUACUAGAGUUGACAAGUGCAAUUUUAUUAAUAAGCACAGAGGUUUUAUUACUAAUGGCUUACUUGAAUGGUAUAUAAUAAUCUUUUGACUUGGAAUACCGUAUUUUUCAUAAAGGGAGUUUACCUUUCCCUGCUUUUAUGUGUGUAUUACUAGACUUUCUAAUAAGUGUUUCCAUUUCUGACACUAUUUACUGGCCUCCGUUCUUUAAUGUUUGUUGGAGUAACAAAGACUGCCUUUUAAGUAUAAAUGCCUCUAUCCUGGUACAAGCAACAUCUUCACCUUCCUAAUGUGAACAAUUGUUUUUGGUCUUGAAUCCAAAUUGUAUCACAAUCCUAAAUAACAAGAAUUACAGUUGCAUGAGGAAAAUCCUUGAUUUUAGGUCAACCUGGAAACAAUGCAUAAUGAAGAUAUGACUGGAUACAGCACACAAAACAAAUGUAUUAAAUGCCCACAACCUGACCAUUUUAAAGCCAUAGUUACUAGUGUUCUUAUAUUAAGAUUACAUAGUCUGUAUUUUAACCAUCUUUGUGAAUAACCAUUCCAGAUGUGUAAUCACAUAGCAAGGUUGAGUCUUUCUCCGUAUUGUUGCUAUUGUUUUGGUUAUGUUUUUUGUUUUCUUUUGGGAGGGAGAAAGGUACACAUCUUCUAACUUUUUUUUACCCAACAAAACCCAACAUUUAUUUUAACAGAUUAAUUUUCUAAUUUGUUCAGUAUAAAUGAAGAUCAGAACAUACCUCCCCAACACAUGAAACUUUUUUUUUUAAUAAAGUAAAAUUGCACUAAAUGUUUGAAGGUUAGUGGGUGAAUAAUUUGUAUGGCAUAGAAUAUACCUUGUACGUAGCCUUCAUAGAAUGAUUAAUACCACACACUCACUUUAGCUUUCUGAAGUGUUUUACGGGCUAGAAAAGUGUAACCUGUUUUGAGAAAUUAGCACUUUUUAUAAUGAAACUAUGCUGUCCCUCCCAUCUGUAAACAGGACAACAUGAGGGUGCUGUUCUUUGCUUUGAGCACUCACUCAAAGUGGAAGGCAUUGCUACUCCAUGAAAAACAUUCAUUUGCUGUUCAUGUGUACUAGGACCCCAGUGCUGUGAGGAUCUCCUAGAGGCUGUGAGGAGAAUGUGGCAUGCUACUGGGUUAGAGAUAACCGUAACAGCUUUAUUUUUUUUACAUGUGUUUAUUACUGAUGCCGGUUUGUUCUUUUAAGAAGUUUAAGGCUUGGAACUGGUUCAUCAUACAUGUGGUUUCAUGGCUGUAAACUGCCUAAAGAAAUACCAUCCACUGAAAACCAUUAACAAGGUAUAUUUUAUAUGACAAACAAAAACCCCACAUGCUAUACUUUAUUUAUUUUGUUUCUUUAAAAAUUAAAAAAAAAAAAAAAAAAAUAGUAUUUCUUAAAGGUCUCUUGAUCAUCCAACUUGCAAAUCUCUACUCUGAUACCCAUGCCUUUUUAUAAACUAAUCCUUUUUUUAUUUUCUUAACUUAAGUGGCACUGUCAACACCCCCUCUUCCAAAUGAGUGAGUAUUUAAUAAACAUAAAAUCUUUUUGAAAUACUCACAUUGACUGUUGGAAUUUCUCUGUAAUUCCAAUGCAAUCAAGAGAUAUAUUACGACAAAUUAGGGACUUGUUUUUGGUAUUUAUUUUUUUUACCCACUUUGCUAAAGGUGGAGUUAGCUUUAUCAAGUUUGCUGAUUCUGCAAAGUCAUCAGAGACUCUUUAAGAACCUGGUUUUACGGUUACAGUGCCACAAAAUUCAACCUGUCAGUGGUUAGGAUAAUCCAGCUUUACAUGUGCAGAUCUACAUGUGAAGAUCUGCAAAAAAAUACAUUUGCUAAAAGAAAAAUAGUGCAAUUAUGUCAAGAGGAGGUCUUGAAAUUUUGAGCCCUGGUGGAACAAUAUUCUAAAAUAUUUUCUUAAAUGAUUGCAUUAACUUUACAAAUUGAACCCAGCUUUUUUCAAUAUACAAUCCCAUGUGUUUGCAAAACUGACUAACAAACGGAUAUUGUGACCUGUGGUUUCUAGAAGUACCUACAUGCACUAUUUGCUGUCUCAUAAUGUACAUUGCAGUAGGCUAAUCUGAAGCUAAAUAAAUCCUGCAACUCUGCCAUCAACCUGUAAACUAGCUGUUUUAACCUACAGAUAUCUUCUGAUGUACCUACCUGCUAGUAGUAUGUUCUGCACAGUAUGUAUAUUUUUGCAUAUGAUUUGUGUACCUUAAACCAAAGCUAUAAGUCAAGCUUUAGUCAGUGUCACUCAUGUACAAAUUUUCUAAAUGUUCUUGGUGGUAUUCAGUAUACACAUCCCCACCUAGUUGUUAUUGUUAUAGUAUCUUAUUCUCAAAAAAAAAAAGGGAAAUAUGCCUUGUUUAAAUGAACAGUUAUACAUGCUUUCUGUAGUAGCAAGCACUUUUGUUAGCCUGCAGAAUUAAAAAAAAAAAAAAAAAAUCAAACUUUAAUUCUCCCACAACCAUUUUCUUAAGAUAUUAUUGUAUUCGGAUGAAUGUGAGGGUCUCAAAUGUUGGCUAGGGCUGGAUUGCCAAUGAUGCUGUGUGACCUUUAUAUUUUCAACAUAUAUGAUGCACAUCCCCAAUGCACUGCAUUUUGGGCCUUGGAAACAAUAUAUAUAUGUAUAUAUGUUUUAUUUAUAUUUUUCCUCUUCUUUAUUUUCAAACAUCGAAGCAGAGAAAUUGAUCUGCACCACACCACCUGAACUGUUGUUUCUAUACCCCAUAUAAUCUUCGUACAGCAACAGAUUUGUGUAUCUGAUGAUUUGAAGUGCAGCUGAUCAAAUUAUAUUGUCCAGUAAAUAUAAUGGUGAAAUGGGUUUGCCAUGCAAGGCUUUCAGUUGGUUCUCAUAAAACAUAGCCUACUUCUGUGUACUUGCAAAAUAAUUAAUUGUCACACUUCAAUAAAGAAAAUGUCUGUUAGAAUAGAUAUCUUGUUUUAUUGGCAUCUCGUACUGUAAAAUGUUUAACAAGGUUAUUUCUGACCUGACUAAAAGUCUGUUGUAAAGUAACUUGAAUUUCUCAAAAAAGUGUUAAUAAAGACUAAAUAUAGUGACUUAUUUUUAAAAAAAAAAAAAGGACUGAAAUAUGCUUACAUUUACAUAAAGUACCGCUUUUAACCCCUUAAGGACCAAACUUCUGGAAUAAAAGGGAAUCAUGACAUGUCACACAUGUCAUGUGUCCUUAAGGGGUUAAAAAUACAAAACGUAUAUUCACAAACCGUUGAGUUUAUAGUGCUAUUUCUAUAAAACCCAAAAAAACGCUUAUCUUAUAGGGUGAUAGUGGUAUUUCUAUAUGUGUACUUUUUUCCCCCACUUCAAAAUACCAAUAGUAUACAAUAGUGUAAAAACAUCUAUAAAAAUGGAACACACAAUAUACAGAGCUAAUCCAUCUAGCUCUGGUAUAGGUGACUGCUCCUUUGCAACAAGAUGAAGAGAAUUAAGUGUUCUUAUGUAGACAGCUCGGGAGAAAUAAAGUGCAUAUAGUGUAGUACCACCUAACCUGAAGAUCUAGUUGAAACAAAUAAGUUGUCCUCACAGGUAUGCAGCCUUGUAAAGUGGCUCAAACUGAAAGCCUUGUAUGGUAAGUGACCAUACACCCUUUUUAUAGCAUGCAGGAAGACUGGAUGUGUUAACUUUUAAAAGUAUAUACUUAAUUACAGAUAAAAAGAAGUUGAAUUCUAAAAAUAAAAUUUUACUGCUUCAAGUCCAGUUGUUCUACAGAAACGCGUUUCGCCAAAAAUUCUGCUUCAUCAGUCCGGUAGCAGUCCCACUGUGUUGCAUUUUAUGUAAAAAUAAGUGCUACACUACUGUGUUUUUUGUUUUGUUUUUUUAAAUAUCCAGAAUGACCUAUAUUAACUGCCCAAAAUAAAGCUACCCUUCAAAGAAUUAAAACAAUGUAGUGGAUCCAAAAUAUGUGCUUUCAUUUUGACAAUAAGCUUUAUUCUGUUUGCUAAGUGGAAUAUACAGAAUUCUGAGAAAAGGGAAUUGUGUAUUUUUAGCACAGUUUAAGUACAGCACUUUGCAUUUACAGAUGUGUGUGGUUAUGAAUUUUAUGUUUUUAUUUUAAUACAAAUUCAAGUAGAGGGCAUAUUCAAAUAAAUGUUAUAUAUUCCAUUUUGAAAAGGGAGUUUUCUUUUAUGAAAUAAACUCAUUCCCCCGUUGAUACAAUUCGUG